AUGGACAGAACAGAACGCCUGAAGCUGCUCUUCAACGAGGACGAGGCUUUGCUUCAGUUCAACACCCGUCUCAAUGCCGUAUCUAUACCUGACUCCGAGCCAGCCGAAGGAGCUUCUUUGACUGUAGUAACACAGGAAGAAGUACAGUUAGAAGACGACGGCAAAGUCUCGGAACCCAAUACUAAAGCAGAGGAAAUCGCCGAAGAGCCUGACCAGAGCACUGUCCAAGAGGCAGACAAGUGCAACUCAUCCAUUCAGGCAUCAGACACUAAAGCUUUCACUCAUGACGGAGAGGAGCCACCAACACCAAUCGACGGAUUCUUCUGUCCCCUUAUGGCCAUGUCUAGAUAUCCAUACAAGUUCGUGCGCAAAGAACUGUCACAGACGGUGGCUAGCCGAUUUUUCGACGGAGGGAAGUUUUGGCAACGAGUCUGGGAUCUAUACUAUGUCCACGUCUCUCCUCAGCUCAGGCAUCGUCCACUGUUGCUCGUGCCUGCUGCUCAAGCCUGGAAGUUCAUACAGGAAAUUAAUCGUGAGCUUGAAGCGACGCUGUCGAUUCCUGAGGAAAGCGAACUGGGAAUGCUCUUGGACUUCAACCUGGAGGGAGUUCCUCAACCAACGUUCAUCGGCCAGUGUACAAGCCGGGAGAUGAAAGAUGAUCUGGAAGCGACCAUCCCUCCGCGAACCAACUAUGAGCCUCCUACCGAGAUGGAUGAAGCGCGUCUCGCGUACGAGCAAAUGAUUGAACUCGGAAUAAAUGCGUCGAAAAACAAGAGUAGGAGCAAAGCAUCCAAGACGAAGAAACAGCAGAUCCGGCUUCAGGCUGAAACACAAUUGGUACAAACUCGGAAGAAAAUGCAUUGUCACCUCGGUCUACGAUCCUACCACUCCCUAGAUCUUCCAGAACUUAUAGACGAACGAUCCUGGGAAGAGAAGCGAAAUGACGACUGCAGUAUGGCGCAAAGGCUUGACAACGUGUGUGACAACGGGAUCCCUCGUCUCGAUAUGAAUAAUCCAACUAUAUUUCCAUUCUGGAAAGAGCCGAUUUUCAUCUGCGUUGACGUCGAAAGCAACGAGCGUUGCCAUGAACAGAUCACGGAAGUGGGCAUUUCAACUCUGGACACUGUGGAUCUGGUUGGCAUCCCUCCCGGCGCGAACGCAGAGAAUUGGACCUCCAGAAUCCGCUCCCGUCACCUGCGAGUCCGAGAGUAUGGCCACAUUGUCAACCGUCAGUACGUAUUAGGAUGUCCGGGCAGUUUUGAAUUUGGGGAGAGCGAAUGGGUGUCCAAAGGGAAACUGGCCGAUGUCGUCCAGGCCUGCUUCCAGCCUCCCUACUCAUUCGGUAUCGAAGACACAGCUGGUGUCCAGCUCGGCAGUGGCCCUGAGCACAAGCACCAGAAGCGCAACCUGAUUCUCGUGGGUCACAACACCUCGAUGGACGUCAAGUAUCUGGCAACUCUGGGCAUCCCAGUCUUUGAAGAUGUCACGACCGCCUUCCUGGAGCGCAUCGACACUGCCGAGUUGUAUCGUAUCAUCAGAAGUGAGUUAAACCAGCGUUCGCUGGCAAGCAUUCUCAGCGAACUAGGAAUCAUCGGAUGGAACCUGCACAAUGCAGGGAACGAUGCUCGCUAUACGCUUGAAGCGCUAGUGCGAAUGAUUUGUCGUGAUACAGGCGAGGUUAGCGUUGCUGCUUCAACGGUGGAAUAG